AUGCUUCCUGAACCUGCAGUCACAAUAAUACCAAAAACAAAAACAAAAACAGAAACAGAAACAAAAACAAAACAAAAAACAAGAAACCAAAACACACACACAACAAGCAACAAGCAAAAAAUCAAAAGCAAAAGCAAAAGCAGCAGCAACACACAAAUGCAAAAGAAAAGAAACACCAACAAGAAAACAAAACCAAUCGGCAAAGAAGAGAAUUUUUUGUUUUUAUCCAAAUUUGAGAAAUUGGCAAAGACAAGAACAAACCAAAUUACAAUGACAUCCAUAGGAAUUAUGACACUGAGCCGUGGCCCGUACAGCGAGCUCGAUAAAAUGAGCCUUUUUCAAGACCUCAAACUCAAACGCCGGAAAAUCGAUUCGAGAUGCAGCAGUGACGGAGAGUCCAUUGCGGACACAUCGACCUCGUCGCCGGACCUCCUGGCGCCGAUGUCCCCGAAGCUCUGCGACAGCGGCUCAGCCGGCGCGCUUCCCCUAGCCCUGCCGCUGCCACUGCCGCUGCCACUGAGCCUUCCGCUGCCCAUGGCCCUGCCCCUGCCCCUGCCACUCACGACGUCGGCCUCGGCCGCGUCGGUGGCGGUGUCCGUGUCCCUGGCAGCGGCGUCAGCGUCAGCGGGAGCGGGAGCGGGAACGGGAUCUGGAGGCGGAGGCGGAACAACAGCGGCAUCGGCAGCUCACUCCGUGUCCACGUCCAUAUCGGCGGUAGCUUCCUCCUCCACAUCAUCGCUGUCGUCGUCGACGUCCUCCUCCUCCGCCACAUCUUCGUCAUCCUCGCUGUCCGCCUCCUGCCCCAGCAGCAGCACCAUCACCAUCACAUCCAAGGCCGGCCAGGCAGCCGGCUCCGGAGCAAGUAUCAAAAAGGAGCACUCAGAGAUUCACUCCUCCAGCAGCGCGGUGACGACGGCGGCCGCCUCCUCGGCGAUGUCACCGCCGCCUACGGAGCACCAUGCGCGAUCCAGCAGCCCGCCCUCGUCGGAAGCGGGGGGCACUGCAGGAGCACCCAGCGGAGGAUCAGCCAACGGAGGGGGCGCUGGGACGCGGGCCCCCCCAACGCCGCCUCAUAACAACGGGGGCGGGGCAUCCAGUUCGAGCAAUGGCGGUGGCAGCAGUCGUGCCUCGCCCGACUCCCUGGAGGAGAAGCCCUCGACGACAACGGGACAGCGGCCCCACACCGGACCCACCAACGGUGUCCUCUCGUCCUCCACCUCCACCUGCUCCUCCGGCACCGCCACCGCCUCCGCCUCCUCAGCUAGCAGCAAGCAGAGCCCGGGCGAGGUCAAUCUGAGCGUGAUCCGAUCCGUCAAGGAGGAGCGCCUGCUCACCGUCUCCACCAAGAUGCUCGCCUUCCAUCAGCAGCGGGAGCGCGAGAGGGAGCAGGAGAGCAAGGCGGCAGCGACAGCAGCGGCAGCGGCGGCUGCGGCGGCAGCGGCCGGGCAUGUGACGGUGCUGGUCACCCCGUCGCGAAUCAAGUCAGAGCCACCGCCACCUGGAUCCCCCUCCUCCACCUCCACCUCCACCUCCAACACACAACGAGAGCGGGAGCGGGAGAGGGAGAGGGAACGAGACAGGGAUCGAGACAGAGACAGAGAACGGGAGCGAGAGCGGGAUAGAGACCGGGAUCGGGAUCGGGAUCGCGAAUCCUCCUCGUCCAUCAGCUCCUCCCAGCAGCAUUUGAGCCGGGCCAGUCCGCCCCUGGGCGUGGGUCAGCUCUCCCACGGACCGCUGAGCGGCAGCGGGCACGGGCUGUCCACGGCCAUCGUCCAGACGCACCACCUGCACCAGCAACUGACACAGCCGCUGACCCUGCGGAAGAACAGCCCGCCAAUGGAGCUGCAGCUGGGCCAGAGUCCGCAGCACCUGCUCAGCCAGUCCAUGCAGCACCUCACCCAGCAGCAACAGCUCCACCUGCAUCACCUACUCGGCCAGCAACAGCAGCAGCAGCAAUCGCCCCACCAGCAGCAGCAGCAGCAGCACUCGCCCCACUCCCUGGUGCGGGUGAAGAAGGAGCCGAAUGCGGGAACACACACGGGAACACAGCGGCACCUCUCGCCGCACCAUCAGCAGCAGUCGCCGCACAUGCAGCACCACCAGCAGCAGCAGCAGCAACAGCAGCACCACCAGCAGCAGCAGCAGAGAGAGCCGCCACCGCAGGCGCUGGCACUGAUGCAUUCGUCGCUCUCCCUGCGCCACCCCAACCGGGACGCGGCUAUCCUCUUCCGGGUGAAGAGCGAGGUGCACCAGCAGGUGGCGGUGGGCCUGCCCCAUCUAAUGCAGUCCGCGGGCGGAGCAGCAGCGGCCGCGGCGGUGGCCGCCCAAAGGAUGGUCUGCUUCAGCAACGCGCGAAUCAAUGGCGUUAAGCCGGAGGUGAUUGGCGGCCCCCUGGGAAACCUGCGUCCCGUUGGUGGUGGCGUGGGCGGAGUGGGAGGCAAUGGCGGCUCGGUACAGUGCCCGUCGCCGCACCCCUCGUCGUCGUCCUCCUCGUCGCAGCUGUCCCCCCAGACGCCCUCGCAGACGCCGCCGCGCGGCACGCCUACCGUCAUCAUGGGUGAGAGCUGUGGCGUCCGGACCAUGGUCUGGGGCUACGAGCCCCCGCCGCCCUCAUCUGGCCAAGGACCUCCCCACUCCCAUCCGCAUCCACAUCCGCAGCAACAGCAGCUGCAGCAGCCACAGUCGCCCCACCAGCAACAGCAGCAGCAGCAGCAACAACAGCAGCAACAGCAGCAGCAGCAGCAUCAACAGCAGCAGCAGCAGCAGGGCGGCGUGGUCAGUCAGGUGCAGCACUGCCUCCAGGCGGCACUGCCGUCGCCCUCCGCAGGUUCCAUCACACCCUCCCACUCGUCCGGCGGCGGUGGAUCGGGUAGCGGAUCUUUGACACCGUCGGGGUCGUCGAGCGCGGGGCCGCAGAACAACGAAGAGGCGGCCCAGCUGCUCCUCUCCCUCGGACAGAGCCGCAUUCAGGACAUGCGGUCGCGCCCCCAUCCUUUCCGCACCCCUCACGCCCUCAAUAUGGAGCGGCUGUGGGCGGGCGACUACUCGCAGCUGCCGCCCGGUCAGCUCCAGGCGCUGAACCUCAGCGCCCAGCAGCAGUGGGGCAGCUCCAACUCGUCCGGCGUGGGCGGAGUGGGUGCGGGCGGAGCCGGCGGCCGAGGCGGGGGCCUCGACGCGCCGCACGAGCCCACGGACGAGGACGAACAGCCUCUGGUUUGCAUGAUCUGCGAGGACAAGGCAACUGGCCUGCACUACGGCAUCAUCACCUGCGAGGGCUGCAAGGGCUUCUUCAAGCGCACGGUGCAGAACCGACGCGUCUACACCUGCGUGGCGGACGGCACCUGCGAAAUAACCAAAGCACAGCGCAACCGUUGUCAGUAUUGUCGAUUUAAGAAAUGCAUUGAGCAGGGCAUGGUGCUGCAGGCCGUUCGGGAGGACCGCAUGCCAGGCGGACGCAACAGCGGCGCCGUCUACAACCUGUACAAGGUCAAGUACAAGAAGCACAAGAAGACGAAUCAGAAGCAGCAGCAGCAGCAGGCCGCCCAGCAGCAACAGCAGCAACAGCAACAGCAGCAGCAGCACCAGCAGCAGCAGCAGAUGCACUCGCCCAUCCACCAUCACCACCAGCACCAGCAACACCAGCAGCAUCAGCAGCACCACCAGCAGCACCACCACAACCAGCAUCAGCAGCAAUUGCAGGCCCAGCUCUCGCCCCACCACCUGCUCUCGCCGCAGCAGCAGCAACUGGCAGCCGCCGUGGCAGCCGCGGCCCAGCAUCAGCACCAGCAACAGCAGCAGCAGCAACAGCAACAGCAACAACAGCAGCAGCAGCAACAGUCAAAGCUGAUGGGCGGCGGCGUGGACAUGAAGCCCAUGUUCCUGGGGCCCGUGCUUAAGUCGGAACUGCUUCAAGCGCAGCCGAUGCACAGCCCGGCCCAGCAGCAGCAGCAGCAACAGCAGCAAUCGUCACCGCAUCUGUCCCUUAGCUCGCCCCUGCAGCAGGGGCAGCAGCAGCAGCAAGGACAGGGACAGGGACAGCAGCACCACAACCACCAUCCACAUCCCGCUGGGGGCGGUGCAGCCGCACAGCCAUCGCUGCCGCCGCACCUGAUGAACGGCACCAUACUGAAGACGGCCCUGACCAAUCCCAGCGAGAUAGUGCACCUGCGCCAUCGGCUGGACUCGGCGGUGAGCUCGUCCAAGGACAGACAAAUCUCGUACGAGCACGCGUUGGCCAUGAUCCAGACACUGAUCGACUGCGACGCCAUGGAGGACAUCGCCACGCUGCCGCACUUCAGCGAGUUCCUCGAGGACAAAUCGGAGAUCAGCGAGAAGCUGUGCAACAUCGGCGACUCGAUCGUGCACAAGCUGGUAUCGUGGACGAAGAAGCUGCCCUUCUACCUGGAGAUCCCCGUGGAGAUCCACACCAAGCUGCUGACCGACAAGUGGCACGAGAUCCUUAUCCUCACCACUGCCGCCUACCAAGCGCUGCACGGCAAGCGCUCCAGCCAAUCCGGAGCGGGAUCAGCGGCCACGGGAGCAUCAGUCGGAGCCGGAGCCGGAGUCGGCAAUGCCAACAACCAUGGAAGUCGUCAUGGCUCACCCGCCUCCACGCCGACGCCCACGCAGACCUCAAUGUCGAUGUCCUCGCCCGCCCAGCCCCUGCAUAAGGACGAUCCGGAAUUCGUGAGCGAGGUCAACUCCCAUUUGAGCACCCUGCAGACCUGCCUGACCACGCUGAUGGGCCAGCCCAUCGCCAUGGAGCAGCUGAAGCUGGACGUCGGCCACAUGGUGGACAAGAUGACCCAGAUCACGAUCAUGUUCCGGCGCAUCAAGCUCAAGAUGGAGGAGUACGUCUGCCUCAAGGUCUACAUUCUCCUGAACAAAGAAGUGGAACUGGAAAGCAUUCAGGAGCGGUAUAUCCAGGUGCUUCGCUCCUACCUUCAGAACUCGUCGCCCCAGAACCCCCAGGCGAGGCUGAGCGAGCUGCUCUCGCACAUACCAGAGAUCCAGGCUGCUGCCAGCCUGUUGCUCGAGAGCAAAAUGUUCUAUGUGCCCUUCGUGCUCAACUCGGCGAGCAUAAGGUAG